AGAAGUGAAAGAGAAAGGGUGAAAAGACGAGACUCCGUGUCUUUACACGUAUUAACUUCAGUAAACUCGAACGGACACACAUUUUGAGUAAAUGAGAGACGGUGAACUCUAAAAUGAGUCAAAAGAAGAGAGAAGAUGAGGAUUCUGCCUCUGAAAUGAGUUCUGCAUCUCCUGGAUCAAGCUGUGUGUCUCUGAAGAGUGACUGGUCCAAGAUAAAACCUCAUGACGUCAGUGAUGCAUUAGUGACCUCUGACCGCUGGAGGAAGACACUAAGAUCAGAGUCUCCAGAACCCAGUGGUGUUUCUCUGAAGAGUGACAGAUCUAUGGAUUUUCCCCCUCAAUUGAGUGAUGAACCAGAGACCUCUGACCCUCAGAGGAAAAAGAAACGUGAGCUGAUCACACCAGUGCCCCACACUACAUCCAACUAUCAGACUUACACUAUACAGGACAAUACUGAAGCACAAACACUAAAGACUGGAGACCUGCAGAGAGUCAAAGACCAGCACAAAACCAGCAUGAAGAAUAAAUAUGAGAGAUUAUUUGAGGGAAUCACACUCCAAGAGAACCAAACCCUCCUGAACCGGAUCUACACCCAGCUUUACAUCAUAGAGGGAGAGAGUGAGGGAGUGAAUGAAGAACAUGAGGUUUUACAGAUGGAGAAAACAGCCAGAACAAAACACUCACAACACACUCCAAUCUACUGCAAUGACAUCUUUAAAGAGGAGAAAGAGCAAAUCAAGACUGUUCUUACUAAAGGCAUCGCUGGAAUCGGAAAAACCGUCUCUGUGCAGAAGUUCAUUCUGGACUGGGCCGAGGGAAAAGCCAAUCAGGAUGUAGAUUUCAUGUUUGUGCUUCCAUUUCGAGAGCUGAACUUGAUCAGAGAUCAUCAGUACAGUCUUCACAGACUUCUGCUGGACUUUCAUCCUGAACUUGAAGAUCUGGAGCCCAAGAUUUAUGAGGAGUGUAAAGUUGUGUUCAUCUUUGAUGGUCUGGAUGAAAGCAGAAUCACACUGAUGUUUUCAGACGCUCAGAAAGUUUGUGAUGUGACUGAGACUUCAUCAGUGGCUGUGUUGAUGUCAAAGCUGAUGAAAGGAGAGCUGCUUCCCUCUGCUCUCAUCUGGAUCACCUCCAGACCAGCAGCAGCCAAUCAGAUCCCCUCCAAAUACAUCAAGCGUCUGACAGAAAUUCAGGGAUUCACUGAGCCUCAGAAGGAGGAAUAUUUCAGGAAGAGAAUCAGUGAGCAGCAUCAAGCCAGCAGAAUCAUCUCACACAUCAGAAGAGCAAGAAGCCUCCACAUCAUGUGCCACAUACCCGUCUUCUGCUGGAUCUCAUCCACUGUGCUUCAGAAGCUCCUGGAAGAAGAUCUGAGUGCAGAAAUCCCUCAAACUCUGACUGAAAUGUACAUCCACUUCCUGCUGAUUCAGAUCAACAUGAGGAAUCAGAAGUAUGAAGAGAAAGAUCCAGAGAAACUCCUGCAGUCCAACAGAGAAGUGAUUGUCAAACUUGCUGAAGUGGCUUUCAAACAGCUGAUGAAGGGCAAUGUGAUGUUCUAUGAGGAGGACCUGAUUGAGAGCAGCAUAGAUGUCUCUGACGCCUCAGUGUAUUCUGGGAUUUGCACUGAAAUAUUAAAGGAGGAAUCUGUGAUUCAUCAGAGGAAAGUCUACAGCUUCAUCCAUCUGAGUGUUCAGGAGUUUCUGGCUGCUUUCUAUGUGUUUUACCUUUAUGUAAUGCAGAAUGUGGACACAUCUCGUUUUUUAGAUGUAAUUCAUAGUCUGCAUAAGGAAGCAGUAGAUAAAGCCAUCAAGAGUGAGAAUGGGCGUCUGGAUCUGUUCCUGCGGUUCCUGCUGGGCAUCUCACUGGAGUCCAAUCAGAGACUCUUACAGGAUCUACUGACACACACAGAGAAGAGCUCAGAGAGCAUCAGGAGAAGCACACAGUACAUUAAAGAGAAGAUCAGAGAUGGACAUGGACUCUCCACUGAAAGAUCCAUCAAUCUGUUCCUCUGUCUACUGGAAGUGAAAGAUCAGACUCUGUCCAGAGAGAUUCAGGAGUUUGUGAAAUCAGACAAACAGUCAGAGAAGAAACUCUCUCCUGCUCACUGCUCAACAAUCGCCUACAUGCUUCAGAUGUCAGAGGAGGUGCUGGAUGAGCUGGAGCUCCAGAAAUACAACACAUCAGAUGAGGGCAGAAGAAGACUGAUACCAGCCGUCAGCAACUGCACAAGAGCUCUUCUUGCUGGCUGUAAUCUCUCUGCUCAGGAUUGUGAAAUUGUGUCGUCAGUUCUUCAAUCCUCAAACUGUGUCCUGAGAGAGCUGGACCUGAGUAACAAUGACCUGCAGGAUUCAGGAGUGAAGCUGCUCUCUGAUGGACUGAAGAGUCCAAACUGCCAGCUGGAGAUACUGAGGUUAUCUGGCUGUAUGGUGACAGAGGAAGGCUGUGGUUUUGUGUCUUCAGCUCUGAGUUUAAACCCCUCACACCUGAGAGAGCUGGAUCUGAGCUACAAUCACCCAGGACAAUCAGGAGUCCAGCUGCUCCAACACACACUGGAGGAUCCACACUAUACACUGCAGAAACUCAAUUUGGAUGAUGGAGGACGUUUAAGGAUCACACCUGGACUACGAAAAUAUGCCCGUUUUCUCACACUGGAUCCAAACACAGCACACACUCAGCUUGUAUUAUCUGAGGAGAACAAGACCGUGUCUCAUGUGAAAGAUCCUCAGCCGUAUCCUGAUCAUCCAGACAGAUUUGAGAACUGUGAGCAGGUACUGUGUAAAGAGCCUCUGACUGGUCGCUGUUACUGGGAGGUGAAAUGGAGCGGCUCUGGUCUUAUUGCAAUAACAUAUAAAGCAAUUGACAGAAAAGGUGGGAUUGACUGUCGGUUUGGGCUCCAUGAAAACUCCUGGUGUCUGUACUGCUGUGAUACGAAUUACAAUUUCUGGUCCAAUAAUAAGAACGUUGAUGUAUUUGGUCCUUCAGCUCGUGAUAAUAGAGUAGGAGUGUAUAUGGACGUGCCGUCCGGCUCUCUGUCCUUCUACAGUGUCUCUGACACAAACACACUCACACACAUACACACAUUCAACACCACAUUCACUGAACCCCUCUAUGCUGGAUUUUUGGUUUAUCCUGAAUCUUCCGUGUCCCUAUGCUAGAGUUAACACACCUAAGAGAAAACUAACAUCAGAAAUAGUCAAUGUGUAUAGUGGGAUAAAGUCAGAAUGUAAUAUAUAUCUUUCUGAGCUGCAUUUCAUAUAUUUCUGUGUGAUAAUGAGCACAGGGUGAGACAUUUCAGGCUUAUUUGUUUAUAUCGAAAGCAAGAAUAGAAUGGAUAAAUGAAUGAUAGAGAGAGAGAGAGAGAGAGAGAGAGAGAGAGAGAGAGAUUACACAUGGUCUGCUUUUCUCAAUCUCGUGUGUAUUCUGAUUUCUCCUCUCAUUCAUUUAUUUUUAUCUUUAUAGCACUUUUUUACAAUGCAGAUUGUGUCAAAGCAAUUUAACAUGUGAAAUUCUAGUCAAUUGAAACUGUACAGUGUAAUGUACAUAUCACUGCUGAAAGACAAAACACUGAAGAGCAGAUUCACAAACCAAGCAAGCCAGUGGCGAGGAACAAACUUCAUCAAUUUACAAAAGUCAAAGUAAAAAAAACCUCAAGAAAAGAGUUGAUUCAGCUGGGCUUCAGUUCUCCUCUGGCCAAACGUCCUGUGCAGAGCUGCAGUCUAGGCGCCGGAGACUGGAGAACGCUGGACGUCCAUUAUGUAGAAGCUGCAGGAUCAAUGCGGAGACUCAUCUGUCACUGGGGUCUUUCAGGAAUCAGUCUCAUGCUCUCCACUCCUCCAUGACCGUCGCAGCAUCAGCUCAGGAUACUGGCUGGAUUACUGUAUAGUUAAACUCUACAUUGCAAAUACUGCAAAUAUACAGUUUAAACGUGUGGGAGGCCGAAUGGAGCGGUUUGGUUCAUGUAGCAGUGACUUAUAAGAAGAUUGAGAGGAAAGGUGGGAUUUAUAUGCUCUUGAAUCGGUAUGUUGUGUACACACUCAUGCAUGCUUAUGCAUUAAUAUAAACAUUUUGCAUUUCAUAACUUUUACAUUUCAUAUUUUUUUGCCUCCUGAUUUUGUCAUUUUGAAGAGGGUCUAACUGCAGGUCACUGGUGUUGGGUGUCUUUAUUGUGUGGGUAGAGACUUGUGUUCUUGUAGAAAGCUCUUUUAGAUGUCUUCAAUGUUUCAAAGGAUCCACAGACUAACAUUUAUCCAUAUAGACCAUAGGUGUUCUACUCUGGAACACCUUCAUUAUUUGGAUCAGAUGUGUUAGAAUAGGGUUGGAGCAAACCUGUGCUGCUGCCCUCCAGGAAAUGAGUUUGAGACCCAUAAUAUAGACUGCAGGAACUGUUACAUUUUGCUUGGUGUUUGUUUUCCCUGCUCAUAAUAUUAGACAAGUGUAUUCUGCUAUCCUGAUAUUAUGCUGUAAGGUCAUUGAGAUCAUUAUUUUUAAAAUGUCAGUGAUUUAUUAUUUAUUAUUAUUAUUAUUUUCAGCUAUUGUUCCAUUAGUAAGUUCACGUGUUUUUAGACUUUUCUUUUUAGCUGUUUUGUGUUUGUAAAAACAUCAUGUAAUGUAAUGCCAGAUUAAUAAUUGCAGAUUAAUGAUUAAAUCUGUCUAACUGUAAUUACAGUAAUAAAAUAAGCUUCAGAUCAAGUGCAAGUAACAUAUCAUGCUAAUUGUAAGCACUAGGUAACUGUUUCUGUAAUAAAUCUCUGGACAUGGUGAAUCAUGUUUACUGUGGUCAUGUUACAUCAGGUCAGAUUCAGGGACACUAAACACAGAUAAAGCAGUGCUGAGUGUUCAAUCAUGUAGACAGAUAGAAACAGACAGGCAUCAUGUGCGCUCACAC